AUGGACUUGGACCUUUAUUUGGUUGAUAACUAUAUGGCCAUGGAUUCUCAGCUAGGUAUGGAUAUUGCCCGGGUACAAGUAUACGCCCAAGGUGUAGAAGAGCGACAUAAAAGGUGUCAGCCUGACAGAGGUUUUGAUAGAGCUCAGCCUAAGAAGGCUAGGUCGAUUGGUUAUUCGGGGGAAUUUCAGAGCGGGAGGUAUUCGAGGGCUGGUCAAAGCUCCAAAGCUUCAGGUACAAAGGUGAACCAGAGUUCUCAACAGUCAAGAUCGCUAGCACCCCAGUGUCCCCAUUGUAAUAGACUUCAUUUUGGGGAAUAUCGUCGGAGUGUAGGUUCUUGCUUUUGUUAUGGACGCCAAGGACACAUUUCAAGGGAAUCUCCGUUUAAGGGUACUCUAGGUGGUGCGGCCCAGCCAACUGGGUCAGUUGUGGGUUCUUCUUCUUCUGUAGCUAUGCGCUCAAUUGGGUGGGGCAUACAAAUACCAGCAGGCCAUGGUAGAGGUCGUGGUGGAGUUUCCAGUUAUGGCGGCCCUUCUAAUCACAUAUAUGCCUUGGCUAGUAGAUAA